AUGUUGCUACUACAGCUCCCAGCUGUCGUGCUGACGUGUCACUUGCUAGACUUUUUGCCUGCUGGAGCAGCAUGGGCGCUGAUCGCUAUUGCCCACUUUACUGAGAUUGACGCCCACACCAUCACUUCAUAUGUCAACGCUCGUGGCUCCCAGUUGCUUCGACUGCUGGAGGCUAUACUCCGAGACGGGCUGACGGUCCCAGUCUUCGAAUACCGGCAGCUACCUACUGUGUUGUUGAGCUGCCCUUGCGGGAGCCACCGACCAGCGCGCGAGCGUUUGGCCGACUUCGCCUUCUUUGUCUUGGGGUUGCCCCAGCAGCCAGAGACCUCGUUUGAUGCUUCUCUGAUGAAGUUUGACACCUUUAUGGACAAGGAACUCCGUUUUUCGUAUUACUGUUGUGCAAGAAACGCAUGCCCCAUGUCU